GACGCUUUCUGAGCUUUAGUGCGUCGUUUUUACGCUAACCUACGCGCUGUAUUUUCGUUGACCGAGAAAUCCGGGUCAUCCCAUAAUAUCUACCUCAUCAUGUCCAUGGAUUCGGAUCAUCAAAACAAAAGACUAAAUUUAGAAAAGGCAACGAACUUUAUGAAACAGUAUCGCGAUCCUGAGUCUAAGGAGUUGAAGAAGUUGUCAGCCAAUCAAUUCAUGGAGGUGUGGAGUCACUAUGAUAGGGAUGGAAAUGGAUACAUUGAGGGAUCGGAAUUGGAUGGAUUUUUGAGAGAGUUUGUUUCUAGUGCAAAUAUGACUGAUAUCGCACCCGAGGCCGUAUCUGAUGAAAUGCUAACUGAACUGAAAGCUUGCUUUAUGGAAGCGUACGAUGACAAUCAAGAUGGAAAGAUAGAUAUAAGGGAGCUUGCCCAGUUGUUACCGAUGGAAGAGAACUUCUUACUCCUUUUCCGAUUUGAUAAUCCAUUGGAAUCGAGCGUUGAGUUCAUGAAAAUUUGGAGAGAAUACGAUACUGAUGGGAGUGGGUACAUAGAGGCUGAUGAGUUGAAGAACUUUUUGCGAGAUUUACUUAAAGAAGCCAAGAAGAUUAACGACGUUUCCGAAGAUAAACUAAUUGAGUACACAGAUACUAUGCUUCAAGUAUUUGACUCGAAUAAAGAUGGCAGACUUCAGCUUUCAGAAAUGGCCAAAUUACUUCCUGUUAGAGAGAACUUCUUAUGCAGGCAGGUCUUCAAGGUGAGUGAGGUACAGAUCAAUUUCUUUUUAAACUGUGUCAAACACAAAAGUGUGAUGUAAACACAAACGUGAUGGAUUGUCCAUGUUGUUUGUUUAGACACAGUUCGUCAAAAUUGUUAUUUACAGCAUCAAAUAUAAAAGUAACAUGAUAAUUAUCUAAAAACACAUUUGCGUGCAUGUUUAGGUACAUUAGGAACUGCUAAAUGUGAAUGCCCGUAGAGAAUCCAGAAACUAUUAUCUAGAACUUGUUCACUACUUACUUCUCCAUAUUAUAAUUAUUUAAUGUUAUAAAAAGCGACAAACAAUGCUUCCCAAACACUUUUCGAUGUUAGAGAAAUAGUUAGCUACUAAGUCAAACCAUUGAAUAAAAACACUUUUAUUCAAUGGUCAAACUUAAUUAGUCAGGUUAACGUUAGGCUAGUGACGAUAAAACAACUUUGUAACAAAUAUUCAACUAAAUUUUCGACGCCAGUCAACUCAAAUUACGUAUAUGAAAUAAUUUUGUUCUAUACAUAUUAAUUCGGGAGUAUCCUGGGGAGUAUUAAAAUGGUUGGAUUGAUAGGUAUGAAAUAAGUAAUUAAAGUUUUUUCUUGAGGUUAUCGGUUUAGCUACAUUUAUUAUAGCAU